AUGGGCGCAGACAUAUUGAAUCGUGACGUCAAGGAUUCGAAGGCAAUUCCCAGAAUUCAAUGCGCCAAUGGCGACCGAUGGGACUACAAUCCGUCUUUGUCCAAACAGGCCAAUAAAAGAACAAAAAUAGGUUUCUGUCUGAACAGAAGAGGGCAAAAUAUGACGAAUAGACAUGAAGAUCAAUGGCACCAAGACUUAAUGACAAAAGGGGGUUUCCAUCAGGUGUACGAUAAUGAUAUACCAUCAAGAGCUCGGCUAACCUGCCCACCAGGCCUCAGUAUAAAGGCAGUCAAGGACCAUGAGGGUCGGACCACUCUUGGUGUGUUUGCUAAGAAGAUAGUUCAGGUCAGAACAAGAUUUGGUCCUAUCCUUGCACCAGUGAAACACCGUGUUAGAUCUCAACUUCCUCCACAGAAUGGAAAUGUUCAUUCAGACAGUCUACAAACUAAUGCACUCAGUAAUGACAUACCAGCUACUUCUUUGCACAGUCAAAUGUCAAUACCACAGCAUGAAGAUAAGUCUUCACUGUCGUCCAGCGAUCAGAUGCUGCAGAGUGUCAACCGCAGUAUACAGGAGGUGGCUAUGGACCGCAACAAUGUAGAGCACCAGGAUAUUGUCCAGCAGGCCCUGGGCAUCGUCAAACUGGCAGAUGAUCCACAUGCGACGGGUCCGUACGGAGAUGUGAAUACGACAAUAGCCAACACACUGUCAGAGACAAUCCAUCUUGCUACAUCUUUAGCCAGUGAGACGAUGUCAGCUGCAGGACAGUUUGGAACUAAUCAGAUAGGAGAUGACCUUAGUCUGGCAGUCCCUAUUGAAUCCACCAUGAAUCCCAGUGUGACUGAGGGUCUAACACUGACCCCCACUCAGGCCCAGAGUCUACUGGCCCAUAUGGACACAUCAAAUUUUCCCUCAGUGACCAAUAGUGGGGCUAUGAUCACAAAUCAACAGGACAUACUUAACAGUGUUACAACUGAACCACAGCUGCUAACACAGACUUCUGAAUCCCAGGUGGUGGGUGUGGUUAAAAAUGCAUUACAAGGGGUUGUUAAUGAUAUGAUGCAUGAAGUCUCCUCUGCUCCAAUUCAGCCGAAGGUGGAAGAGCCAUUGGCAUCCAACCCUGCUGAUCAGCCUUUUGUUAUUAAGAUCUUCCAUGAUGAUGGUUAUGAGGAAGAACUGGAUGUGACAGAUGAAGACAAGUGUAAUUGGAUGAUGUUUGUGAGGCCUGCAAGAACUGCAGCAGAGCAAAAUGUGGUUGUCUGCCAACACCAGAACAAAAUCUUUUUUGUUUCUACCAAGCCUAUUCCCUCAAACACAGAAAUCAGGGUAUGGUAUGAACCAGACUAUGCCGUGUUAAUGCAGAAAGAACUGCUUACUGAAGUAGAAGGACCAACAAACACUGCAGGUUAUCCAUCUAAGUGGGCAUGCUCUGUGUGUCUUGAAGGAUUCAGCACCUUUAACAACCUUGAGGCUCAUGUGUGUGCAGGUGAACCACCAGCUGAUAAACGGCAGCUCAGAGGCAGACCAAGAAAGGGAAGACCCAGAAAAUAUGUAAAACCAUCAAAAACGUGGAGAGCCAGGCUGGAAAAAAGUAGGCUUCCACCACGAAAACGAGGUAGACCUCCAAAGUUAAAGGGAAUACUAACCAUCCCCAAAAUGCCAAAGGAAGUGAAGACUACCUCAUUAGCUUCACCAGUGGAGGAGGACAACUUGGAGGAAGUGAUGGACCAUCCACCUGACUUAGUAGAUGAAGAUCCAAUGGACAAAGACGACCAUGAAGUGUCUGCUCUAGAAUUAUUAGAUGAAGUUCUCGGGGAAGAUGAUGAGGAAGAUGCCCCUGUCAUGCCUAGAAGAAGGGGAAGGAAAAAGAGGGCCCCUGGUGCACCUAAAAUUACUCGUACCCCCAAAAGGGAACCAAUGGCCUGCCCACACUGUGAAGAAACAUUCACUAAAGAAGCCUUAUUUGUGAUACAUGUUUCUGAUCAUACUGGAGUGAAGCCUUACAUAUGUGAAGUGCCAGAGUGCCAAAAAGGAUUUAUGUCCAAGUUUAAGUUGGAGAGACAUAGACUCAUUCACACAUGUCCAAGAUCCCAUAAAUGUUUGUACUGUGACAAGUCAUUCAACAGAAAAGACCAUUUGAAAAACCACAUGGUAACUCAUGAUCCAAACAAGAAGCGUUGGGUAUGUGAGGAAUGUGGAAAAGAAUACUGCUACAAUUUUUCUUAUCGCACACAUAAAGCAUUUCAUGAUGCGGAUGCUGGGCGAACCACAGAGUGUGGCAUUUGUCAUAAGCAGUAUGACUCGAAGGACGAUUUGUUGUAUCAUUUAAAAGUUCAUAGUGGAGCAAGAUCUGUGAAAAACUGUACUGAGAAAACCCAUGCUUGUGAUGACUGUGGAAAAACAUUUUACACAAGAAAAGAUGUGAGACGUCACAUGAUCACACACACAAAGAAAAAAGACUUUUUGUGCCAGUAUUGUCCACAGAGGUUUGGAAGAAAAGAUCAUUUAACCAGACAUUUACGAUCUUCCCAUACUGGUGACAACAACAACAGUCGACCUAGAGCACCGAGGGCAGAGAGGAAGGAAAAACAGCCGUACACCACUACUAAUGUCUCUAUGGUUGGUCUUCAGAUACCUCGUGAUGAUCAGAAUCUCCUAGUCACUUCUCAGCCUGUCAAUUACCAACAAAUACAAGCUUUUGCAUCAGAAAUACCAGUCCCACUUCACAUGUUUGAAAAUGCUGGAAACCAGACCGUUAUUGCAAUGUCCAAUAUGGGAACAUUACAAACACAACAACAGACCCAGCAGCAACCACAACAACAGCAACAGCAGCAACCUCUGCAGGUUGCAGCAAUACAGAAUGUGCAGCAUGUUGCUAUUCAAAACCAGAUGCCAGUUGCAGAGAAUCGCUAUGUGGAAGCUAUUAUUCGACAUCAACCUCAACAAAACAUUGUGUCCUCCACUCCCACAGAAUACAGAACCAUUGAGCACCAGCCAAACAUACAAACUUACAUACCACUAGCAGCUCAGCAACCUCAACAGCAGCAGCAACCUCAGCAACAGCAGCAACAACAACAUAUACAAAUAGCAAAGACUGAAAAUAUUGAUCUUAGCAGGACAAAUGGAGUUCUGCAAACAGAGUAUGUGCAAACUUCGGGAACACGAAAUGAUUUGGCAUCACGUCCGACUGUUCUACAAGCAACUGAAGUAAACAGGCAAGGCAAUGCCCCUGCUCAAACAUUUUCAACAUUGUUAGGUUACAUGGAGACCUUGAGGUUUCUGGAGAACCUACCUACAAAUGCACAGGGAGCUGUUAUCUCUCAAAUGCAGAUGCAGCAGGACAGCCAACACCUUCCUACCAUGGUCCCUAUCCAGACUAGUACAUUAGCGUACUCUGUGGCUACCACUGCUGCCCCAACCCAACAAAUCAUUCCCGUGGAAAUGCAAACCAAGAGAAUGGCUGUCACCCAACACAGUGCCUACCAACAGCAGGGGUCAUGAUACGCUAUGCAACCAUUAUCCUUAGUCUUUAAUUUCUUCCAUUUUUCCUGCCUAAGGACCACAACUCCCUUAGUUGGACACAAAUCUUCCAAUGGAUUUCCUAGUGAUUGUUUAGAUUGUUAGAGAUCAUUUUUGAUGUUUUUACUCCUGCAAAAACUCAUUUUAAUAGUGUUGAAAGAUGUCAUUUAAUUUUUGCGAAGUAAAUUGUGCCUCAGGAUUGUUUUCUAUUUUAUAAACCAAGGUUUCUUGACAAGUCUGAGACUUUAUCAUUUGUUCUUUGAACCGAGACAAAAUAAAUCAGUUAAACCUGUGCACAAUGUUGACUUAUGAUACACAGAGUUUAAUACUAAAGGAUGUUUUUGAUAAUCUGCUACAAGUUGGUGAAUGAUCUACUGAUCAAGAAUUGCAACCCAAGAUGCAGAAUUGUGAUAAAUUUUUAAAACAUUUUUUAGAAAACUUUGGAGAUUUUACAAGCACUGAUUAUACUUCACAUGGCCUGCUGACAUUUUUAAUACUUUGGACUCUUUACAGCCACUUGAAAUUUAAAGUGUUAAUCCAUUUGUUGGCAUGAUUAAUUUCUUUUAUGGUGAUGAGGACUUUGUAUAUAUAAAUUUAAUAUAUGUACAGUAUUUAUUGUGACAUUUGUAAAAACAUGUUUUCUUUGCUAACAUUAUUUUCCAUAGAGACUAGUCAUAAACAAUCAUGGUAAUUAUUCAUUUUGUUAAAUCAUGUUUUUGAAAUGCUACAUGAGUAAAAUUUGGAAAUAUAUUCUUGCAUGGGAAUGAUGAUUAAACUUUAGUAAUCAAAGAAUUUAGGUUCACGUGGCAAUGUUGUAGAUCAAUCUCAAAAGAUGAAACAAAGGACAACCUGGUAUAAUUGUUACAGUACAAAUAGCUGCCCUUUUAGAACAAGGAAAUUCAAGUAAUUCAAAUAUUUGAUAAAUUUGGUGCAAUAUAAUGUGAAUCAUUGCUUGUUGAAAAUAUAUAGGCAAUUAUAACAUUGUUUCUAUGACAUCAGAGAAUGAACUAUUUCUGUAUAAUACAGGCAUUAGUCCAAAAUAUUUUCCUUUAGAAGUAAUUGAUUGUCUUUACACUUAGGUUAAUGAAUGGUGUCGGGUCACAAAUAUGCCAGUUUCAUACCAAAAAAAUGGCAUGCAAUACAAAUGUUUGAGAAUCAGAAUGGUAUCAAAUUAUGUCAUUUUUGUGACUUAAUCAACUUGCACUGUUUUGAAAAAAAUUAUGCAUGACAAUUACUGUAAACCAACUUUUAUUCGCGAAAACCUCAUCGCAAACAAGUCCUUGAAUGUCUGUCAUAGGCUCGAUCGUGAACAUUACUCGCCAUGAAGCAGUUUACUGCAGGUGAAUUGCGAAAUAAAGAAGCCGCAAAUAAAAGUUGGUUUACAAUAGAGACUCAACAUGUAAUUUAAGGAGGCAGAAAAUAGUUAAUAUCACAUAGUUCUUUGAACUCUGUUCUUGGCUUUUCAUUAUUUUUUUUUUUUUUUAUCUCCACAUUUUUGUAAAAGUUCUGUCAGUCAUUGAAUCAUGGAUCUGAGGUAUCAUAUUGGUUAUGUGCCAUCUUUUCUUUGUUAGUGAAAUUGUAUUAUGAUGUGUUAUAAUGAAAUAGAGAAACAAUUGUAUGAAGUAAAGGUGCAUUUAUGAUUUGAAUGCUCAUGAAUAAAAUGAAUUGUAAUUGAA